AUGACACACGCUGAUGAUUUUACGUCUACGGAAAGAAAAAUAGCACUUCUUAUCGGGAACAAGAACUACAGCCAAAGAGAAAACCAACUAUACCAUGCCGUUAAGAACGUUGAAGACUUGCAUCAAGUGCUGAGCAACCUAGGCUUUCAAUGUACAGUUCAUUUGGAUAUCGAUAGAGACACAAUAGACAAGAUUAAAGUUUUUGAGAAAACGAUUAGACAAGAUGAUCUAGUCGUCUUUUAUUAUUCAGGCCAUUGCCGUCAUGCUAAUGGACAAAAUUAUUUAGUACCAGUUGAUGAUGCUAGAAUUGAUUCAGAUGAAAAUAUUCCUGAUUUUGGUGUGGAUUUGUUGAGAGUAGUCGAACGAUUAUGCAGCAAAAACGUCAACAAUGUCUCAUUAUAUAUACUCGAUUGUUACAAACCGUAUUUAUUGAAAGAUGAGCCGUCGUCGGAAGCGAUUAGAAAACGACCAAAAGCAAUGGAAGCUCUCCCUCGAACGUUUAUUCAAUAUGCUUGUACUCCGAAUCAACAAGAUAGUGUUGUGCCACAUCGCGGUCGCAAUGAUUUAUAUACUAAACAUUUAAUGGAUAUCAUCUCACAUGAAAAUAUUCAAAUUGCGGAUCUCUUCAAACGAAUUUCACAAGGUGUAUACCGAGAAAGCAACCAGAAACAGAAACCGCUAUCGAUGAAUGGAUUAGGUGGCUACGGAAAGAAGAUCGUUAAUUUCGUCGACUAUAAUAGAAUGAUAAACGCUUAUAAUGAUCGAAUUCGUGAUCUAAAAAUAGAACUAGAAAAGUAUACGAUCCAGACGUCAAUGGGCUCCAAUUCAGCUGAUCUAUUCCAUGCCAAUAGAAUACGAGUCUUGAUUCAUGAAUUCACACAGAAACGGACAAGUUUGAUUAGUAAAUGUUAUGCAGCUGCUCCUCGUGGGUAA